AUGGAUGCAGCCUACCAGCAGGGGGAUUUUCCGCGUGCUGCCCCCUUCCGAAAGCAACAGCAGCAGCAGCAGCAGCAGCAGCAGCAGAAACGUAGAGAUCGCAGCGGUCAGAAGCCACCUGAAGAUGGCGCUUCAGCGAGCUACCUCGGCGGCAGCAGGAGCAGCAAGGAUUCAGAGGGGGGUCGCUCGCAGCUCUCCUUUCCGUUCCUGAAUCCAGCAGCGCAGCCUCAGCAGUCUGUGCCUCAAGAGGACGAUGCCUCGUCUUUGGACGUCUUGGGAGCCGACGAGGCUGCUGCAGCCUCAGCAGCGGCUCUCAAAGGCACUCUGAAAGAGGGAACGCUGAUGUUGGGAAUAGUAGCGGAGAUUCAUACCUCGGAGCUGUUGCUGCAGCUUCCGUAUGGACGCAUGGGAUGCGUGCCUCGCAGUCAUACUCUGGAACCGCAGCAGCAACAGCCCUACGCGCAAGAUCAGCGUCAGCAGAAGCAGCAUCAGCAGAAGCAGCAUCAGCAGAAGCAGCAUCAGCAGAAGCAGCAUCAGCAGAAGCAGCAUCAGCAGAAGCAGCAGCCGGAGACAGCCUAUGAGCAGCAGCUGUUGCAGCGCUUUUUUGUGUCUCAAAUGCUGCCGUGUGUCAUUACGGGGGUUCCAAGCAGCAGCAGCGGCAGCAGUUGCGGCGCCUACGAGUUAUCCUUGCGACCGUCUCUCUGCAACGCUGGACUGUCUCUGGAUGUCUUGCAGCGCGGCAUGAUUUUAGCAGCAACUGUUGCGUCUGUGGAAGAGCACGGGGUGUUGCUGUGUCUGGGAGUGAGGUGUAAGGGCGGCAGCGGCAGCCCGCCUGCUGCCGCUGUUCGUGCGUUUUUGCCACGAGAGCAGCACUUGCUGCUGCAGCAGCGCGACAAUGCAGUCCUCCUGCCGGGAUCGCUCGUGGCGGUGGCGCUGCAGGAAGUGAAUGUUGCAGCGAAGACGGUGAUAUGCGCUGCUCCCCUCGCUCUGUCGUCUUUGUCAGCCUCCUUGUCGGCUGCAGAGGAAAGGGGGGGAGGCGAAGGAACGGGAGGCGCGGCAGUGGCAGCCUCGCCGCUGUUCGCUCCAGUGGAUCUUCAGCAGCCGCUCGCGUGGGAGAGCGCCUCGCCAGGCUUGCUGGCAGAAUGUCGCGUCACGCGCGUUCUGAUGCCCUCUUCCGCUGCGAAGCGAAAGAAAGCUUCCGGAGAAGGCUCGGCGCUCAAGUGCAUGACGCUCGCUGCGGAGGAUCUGCCUCUCGUAGAAGGUUUCGAACUGCGGUGCUUCGCAAGCAUGCGCGCAGUUGUGCUGCACCCCCACAUUGCGCAUGCGGGGAUGCUGCGGGAGCAGCAGCGGCAGCAGGAGCUGCUGCAGCUGCGCAGCAGUCUUGGCAGCACGAAGAGGAAGAGCAAGGCUACGAGCGGGCGAGAAGAGAGGCUCCGGGGGGGCAGUGGCGACGAGGGAAGCAGCGGCAGUCUGCCUCCUGGAGACGACAGUAACACAGACAACGAUAGUGAACAGCAGAAGCAGCAGCAGCUGGACGAGUGGCUGCUGCGCCUCUGCAACAAGCAGCAGCCGCGUGUGUAUGGCCGCAUUGUAGCCGUCCUCCCGCAGCAGCGCACUGUGUUUGUUUCCUUGCUGCCUCACAUUGUUGGGUGGGAGCAGCAGCAGCUGCUGCGGCUGCUUCCAGUCCACUUGGUUCUGCCAGGCACGAGAGUCAAAGCCUCCCUCCCUCUCCUGAGGAGCUGCAGCGGCAGCGGCAGCUGCAGCGGCGGCAGCAGCAGCGGCUGCCGUGCGCUGCUGCCUUUGCACAAGCUGCAGCAGCAGCUGCUGCUGCGGAAGGACGGUCUGACUGGCAGCGGAGAGCAGGAGGAGGCGACUGCAGCGGCAGCCUGGGGAGCAGACAGCGGCAGGGAGAGCUCUGCUCGCUUCGCAGUCGUACGAAUUCCCCCUUCUCUCGACGCUGCGGCAGGGGGGGGGAGUCGAAGCAAGCGAAAGCGCGAGCAGCAGCAGGGGCAGCAGCAGCUCAUCCGUAGAUGCAGAGUGUUGUUUGUGCACUGGCUGGAUUUCGAGAUUAUUGCAGCUGCUGCAGAGCCUCUCCUGUCUGAGUCUUUGCUCUCGCCCUUAGACGCACACCCCGGAGAGGUCCUCGUGGGAACGGUGCUCAAGGCAGUGAAGGCGCUGCACGAGCAGACGAACGGCAAACACAAGCAGCAGCUGCAGCUGCAGCGAGUCGAGCAGCAGAAAAGUGGGCUUCUAAUUCGGUGA